AUGCAGCAGAAUGCACAUCAUCAGCUUGGGAAGAUUUCCAAGGAGCAUGAAAGAAUCACACUGCACUUGGAAGAUGAGAAGAGAGAACUUGAGCAGCGUGAGAAAGAACUGUGCAAAAGGGAGGCUGACAAUGAAAAGGAGAGAAGGAUGCUCCAUNGAAUCACACUGCACUUGGAAGAUGAGAAGAGAGAACUUGAGCAGCGUGAGAAAGAACUGUGCAAAAGGGAGGCUGACAAUGAAAAGGAGAGAAGGAUGCUCCAUUUUGAGAAGCAAACGAAUGAGAAAGCAACCUUGGAGAAAAAGCAGGCAGAAGAGAAUGUUCUAAAUUUGGCUGAAGAUCACAAGAGGGAAACAGAAAAACUGCUCAAGAAAAUUGUUGAGCUAGAAAAAACACUUGAAGCCAAGGAAGCAAUGGAGUUGGAAAUAGAGCGUAUGAGGGAGACUCUGCAUACUAUUAAACAGAAUCUUGAGGAAAAGGAGGAGGAGCUUGAAGGUCUGGAAGCAUUGAAUCAAGUCCUUAUUGUUAAGGAGCACAAAAGCUGUCAAGAGUUGCAAGAAGCUCGUAAUGAGUUAAUUAAUGCGAGUUUCCUUUUCUCAGAGGGUUUAAUACAGUAG